UUUUAUGCCUAUUUCAAUUUCUUAUGUAUUGAGAAAAAUUGAUAUAGAAAAUAAGUUGGCACCAGAACAAUUAUUUGACAUUGAUGCAUUAGCUAAAAGUAUUAGAACAGUUACACCAAAUCCUCCUAAACCAUUAAUGCCAAUAGAAGUACUAGAAGUUUUAAAUCAAUUAUAUUCCAACAUUGAGAAUGAAGAAUCUGGUCCUGACAAAGAAUUUAGUUAUGAAACUGAACCAAAAAAAAUCAAAACUACUAGGAAUCUUGCUUGUCCUGACAACAACAACCAAAAUCUGACUGAUGAACAAAAAAAAGUUUAUGAUUUAGUAAUAAAUAAAAGAUUAAACAUAUUUCUUACAGGAUCUGGCACUGGAAAAAGCUACCUCUUUAAAGUUCUCAUCAAAAAAUUGAAGGAAAAAUCUAAUGUAUGCAUUACUGGGUUGGCAGCAUUUCCUAUUGGUGGUAUGACAUUACAUUCUUGUUUAGGAUUAGGAACAUAUUUAGGUAAUUGGAGUGUAGAUGAAUUAAUAACAAGGAUAAAAAAUUCGAAUGGAUCUUAUGAAAGAUGGAAAGAAAUUGAAGUUUUAUUGAUUGAUGAAUGUAGGUUUUAA